AUGGUACGACUUGUUGAGCCGGUGCAAGGAUGUCGGACUACCGGACGGGGGUCAUGGCGAGACGGCGCCUGUGCUGCCAGGUGCACUUUUAAGCGCAGCUCGCCACCUCGACAGUGGUCUGCGCGUCCUUCAGGAAGGCGUCGUCGCCUGCGCUCGCCAAUCUCGCCACCGCUGGGUCUCGACGAGAGUUACCCGGUCUUGUGGCGGUGCAAGGGCGUGUCUCUUGAGGCCAGCCAGAACCAGAGAUAA